AUUCAAUCCACCAAUCGAUUAAAAAUAUCCACCUAAUCCAAUCCAUUUAAUACAAAUCCAAUUGGAUUGGUGGAUUCAUGGAUCCAAAUGACCAAUUACAGUUUGGUACCUUUAUAUUUUAUAUUUUGGUACCUAAAAUUUAAUUUUUUAUACGAAAAUCUCAUUGGAAAAUUACGUUUUUGGUACCUACAAAUUUUCAUUACGGCAUUUUAGUACCUAAACUUUUCACAUUUUACAUAUUGGUCCAAGGUUGAGGAUGUCAUUUGGAUUCAUGGAUAAUCCACCAAUCCACUUGAUCCAAUCCAUGAAUCCAUCAAUCCAUGGAUCGAUCCAUUUGCCACCUCUAACUGGAAGUCUCUAGGGAAAGCUGAUUAGGAGGUUUCAUUACGACCAUUACUAUUUACUAGGCUAGAUAUUUUUUUUUUUUACUAUAGAUUGAUUUUUAUGGUUAUGUGCUAUUGAAGAGAUUCGAACUUGAAACUUUCUAAGUCAAAACUAAUGGAGUUGGAAGCAAACUAUAGAGUUUUAAGGCAUAAGAUGAGCGAGGUAGUGGUGCGCAAUAGAUUAGUUGGGUGAGUUUUGGCCUCAAACUAACACUCACUUAUUAAGGAUUUUGGUACAAUUGUGACAUGCUAUUUACCCACAUUUUUUCCUUAGCUAGGUGUGCGCGAUUGGGAUGCGGGUCAACUUCAAAAGGAAUUCUCUUACUAGUCAUUAGCAAGUUGACUAACAUUUAUAAUAAAUCGGGUAAAUUGCAAGUUUGGUCACUAAAAGUGCUAAAAAGUUUACAUUUGGUUCCUGUGGAUCCGUCUAGUGCUUGUGGCAUGCAAAGUUUUUUUUUAUUACUCACAACAACUUUUCAUUUGACCAAAUUUAAACGAAGCUAUUGUUACUAGCUUCUUUGGCAGGUGUAUCAAAUCUUUCGUCACUCCAGCAACCAAUUGUGUUGAGACAAGUUUUUUUUGAUUUGAUACAAUUAAUAGUUUAUAAUUUGCAUCCAAAUAUUUAAUGGAUAUUACACAACAUAGUAAUCAAUAAUAGUCCCAAAAUAUUCUUUGUUUUUUUUUUACUUUUAGAAAUCGACGAUUAGUGUGUAGUACAAUUAGUAAAUAUGAUGAUUAUUCGAUAGUAUAAACAUCAUAUUUAUUACACUGCUAGGUAAUAAUAGUCCCAAAAUAUUAUUUGAACUAAAUAUUAUUGUUCGGCUUGCAAGGUUCAUGAGCCAUUUUGACUCGGUGGAUUGUUGAGUUUAAUUCGUGAGCUAGCUCGUUUUGAGUUAUAAAAUGACUCGACAUUAUAGCUAACGAGCCACCUCAACUAGCAACUUAGAAGCGAGUCGAUUAAUAGGUUAUCAUUGACUUGUUGAUAAUUCAUAUGUUUGUCAGAUACGUAUCUGAUCACCACAAAUAUGAUGUUUAAGAAUUUGAGCAUGUAAUUAAAUAUGUCUAAUUCAAAAUUUAAAAGAGAAAUAAUGUAUUACCGUUUGUUUAGAUACUAAUUAGUAUUAAAUAGCAUGAUAUGAACAAUUAUAAAUUAUAAACUAAAUUAUAAAAUAUAUUUGCUCCAGCCGAUCUCUCGAGGUGAUUGACGAUGAGCCGAACUCGAAUAGAGCUUAUAAUCUCGUUAUAAGUCGAGGUCGAGUCGAGUUCAAAUUAGAUCAAAACUCUUCUUCACUUAUUUUAUGUACUAGUUGUAUCAGCAGUGAACCACUAGUUGAAAUUUGUUGGUUACAUGUAGACCCCAUUCUGUACGUAACGGCAGUUGCAGAUUCCACGAUAUCCAGUAUGAUUCUGUUGACGUGGAGGAUAUAUACGUCCGGUCGUUCUUACAGUUACCGUAGAUCACACUUCGUUUAAUUUGCGUGGUGAGUGAUUUUGUUCAGAUCAGACUCACAUAUCGUGAAGGAAAACGACGGAUCAGUGGUCGACGUUCGUGGACCCUCCCUCCCUCCGGCCGGUUGACUGGCUCGACCUUCUACUUAAAAGUUAAAACCCUUGUGCUUCAUGUUUAGUGGUUCUAUAAAGAGAAAGGAAACUGGAUACAGAACCAGCAGCAAGCAACGAAGGUAGAAUGUAAAAUAAUUGGAUACUCGUAUGAAUUUGAUUUAAUUGGUUAAUUAAUUGGGCAAGAUAAAGUUAGAACUCAAAAAAUUUGUAGUGGAUAUGAGUAAAAUUUGAAUCCGAAUAUUGUAGGUGAUGGGUGGACAUGAUUUUGUCAAUAUCUAAGCCGAACUCGCCUAAUUAUACACAGUUUUGUUAAGAAUAAUUAUUAUUUUUCUAAUUUUUUUUUGUAUAUUCAUCAUAUGUACAUAAUACUUUCAUGAAAUUAUAUUGUUUUUAGCUAAUUUCUUUGUUCCUCUAAUUUAUUGUUUGUAAUAUUUUGCUUUUGUAAUGGCAUGCAGUAUACGUGUAAUUGUCAACAUGUUAGUUGAAAGUUGGAACGAAAAAUUGUUAUCCAUGAAUAAUUGUUAAUACCCGAAACCCUAUCAAAUGUGUGUAUGGUUUUAAUAUUCUAAUUGAUUCUUGUAUGUGUAUGAGUAUGCGUAUGAGUAAGAGUAAGACAUAAACUUUUAUGGGUAAGAUAAUGGAUAUAAACUAUUCAUCCCAACCUGCUAUCAUCCCUAAUCUAAGGGUUAAUUCAACUCAUUGCUUAUGAGGAAAUUUACUCAACUAUAUAAAAUAUAUAUUAUUCUCACUUUCCUAAAUAUGCUCUAUUGAUUAGGAUUCGGCAGGAUUUAGUGAUAAAGCAAUUGGUCAGUGAAACAGACGUAUAUGUUGAGUGGUAAAGAUUAGUAGAGAUUUUGGUUGUCAUGUGUGAUUUUACCUUCUUUUUCUUCUUUCUUCUUCUUCUCAUCGCAAUGGUUGAUAACUUGAUAUCCUUUUUGUGGUAUCGGAUUGUGAAUCGUGUAAGGAGGAUCUGAUUCAAAUAAAAGGUAACUUCUUCGUUUUUAAGUCGUUUUUUAAAACGUUUGCUCAGAAGGAACGAGUUCAUCGUGAUAUAUUGGAUCUACAAAUUUCUGGGUGAAAAAUACACUGGACCAAAAGUUACCAUACUUUACCACUAUGGUAUGUGGGUGGUAACUUGUGGUAAACAAUGAUGAAAGUCGUAAUGACAGUUAGUAUACUCCUACUAUCAUGUAUUCAACCUUCUUAUCAUAUUGGUAUGUUCGUACCAUCAUUGUACUAAAAAUAUAUCAAAGUGGAUAUAAUUUUAAAGAGCACAUUUAAUUUGAUUUAUCUGUGCAAAAAAAAUUAAAUUUCGACUUAAAACAAGAGAGAAAUCAUCUGUUAAAAAUUAAAGAGAAAAAGAUAAAAAACUUUCCAGGAAAGAGGAGAGGCUGAUGUCAUGCUCAUGUGGACAGGUUACUGAUGGUUACUCACCAUAAGAGUUACUGACUUGAUCCGCUCUCCAAAUAAAAUGAAUAAAAAGCAAAAUUACUAAUUAGGCAAUUAGUUAGCUAGCUGGACUAUGGUUUCGUAUCAAUUAUAAUUUUUUGUCGGUAGUGAGUAUCAAUUAUAAAUUAAAUUCAACUAACAUAAAUUGCACAGAAUUUCCCUAAUAUUUUCCACCCAUUUACCCUAAAUAAAAGUUCACCUUUUCACAUUCAUAAAAAAAAAAUUUACCUUUUCACCAGAGUAAAAAAAGUAACAAUUCCAUUUCUUGUCACCCCAAGUCAACCGCCCCCCAAUCAAUUUCCAUACUUCCCUCCAUUUCCAUGAUUCCCUUCUCUCUCCAGCCGACUCUCGCAGUCCUCCUUCGGCUUCCUAUAAAUUCCAUCCCCAUCAAUCUUAACCUCCCCCAUUCCCAUUCUCUCUCUCUCUCUCUCUUCCACUACUCCGCCGCCUCCAAAUUCACAAACGUCUCUCCUCCUCCAAUCAGGAUGGGAACCGUUGCCGGAGACGGAGACGGUGACGGGGCGAGGAAGAGGGGAUGCUCGUGCAGCAAGGCCGAUUUCCUCCCCGAGGAGUCGUUCCAGAGCUGGGCCAAUUACGGCCGGGCCCUGAGGGAGACCCCGAAGCGGUUCAUGGACCGGGUCACGGCCCGCUCCCUCGACUCCACCGAGAUCCACGAGGUCAGGGCCCGCAGCGAGCACGAGAUGAAGAAGAACCUCAACUGGUGGGACCUCAUGUGGUUCGGCAUCGGCGCCGUCAUUGGCGCCGGUAUCUUCGUCCUCACAGGCCUGGAGGCCCGCGAUCACGCCGGCCCCGCCGUCGUCCUCUCCUACGUCGUUUCCGGGGUUUCCGCCAUGCUCUCCGUUUUCUGUUACACCGAGUUCGCCGUUGAGAUCCCCGUCGCAGGAGGCUCGUUCGCUUACCUGAGAGUGGAGCUCGGCGACUUCAUCGCCUUCAUCGCCGCCGGCAACAUCCUGCUCGAGUACGUCAUCGGCGGAGCCGCCGUUGCCCGAGCAUGGACAUCCUACUUCGCCACGCUCUGCAACCACAAGCCGGACGACUUCCGCAUCAUAGCUCACAGCCUUCCGGACGACUACGGCCACCUCGACCCUAUCGCCGUCGGCGUGGCCGCCGUCAUCUGCAUCCUCGCCGUCCUCAGCACCAAAGGAUCCUCCCGCUUCAACUACAUCGCCUCCAUCUUCCACGUGGCGGUCAUCAUCUUCAUCAUCAUCGCCGGCUUCACAAAAGCCGACACGAAAAACCUGACCCCGUUCGCCCCGCACGGGGCCCGCGGCAUCUUCGUCUCCUCGGCUGUCCUCUUCUUCGCCUACGUGGGGUUCGAUGCGGUCUCCACGAUGGCCGAGGAGACGAAGAACCCGGCCAGGGACAUCCCCAUCGGGCUCGUGGGGUCCAUGACCGUCACCAGCGUCGCCUACUGUCUCUUGGCAGUUGUCCUCACCAUGAUGGUACCGUACCAGCAGAUCGACCCGGACGCGCCCUUUUCAGUCGCGUUCGAGGACGUGGGAUGGAAUUGGGCUAAGUAUAUCGUUGCAGCUGGAGCACUAAAAGGGAUGACCACGGUCCUGCUGGUCUCGGCCGUGGGCCAGGCCCGCUACCUCACGCACAUAGCCCGUACUCACAUGAUGCCACCCUGGCUGGCCCAUGUCAACUCUAAAACGGGCACCCCGGUCAACGCGACAGUUGUCAUGCUGGCAGCCACAGCCUUCAUCGCAUUUUUUACCAAAUUGGACAUAUUAUCGAACCUCCUCUCCAUCUCCACGCUGUUCAUCUUCAUGAUGGUCGCUCUGGCCCUUCUGGUUCGUCGAUACUACGACUCCGGGGUCACGACCAGGGCCAAUCAGCUGAAACUGAUUGGCUGCAUAGUCACGAUCCUGGGGUCCGCCGUCGCGACCGCGAUCAUCUGGGCCCAGGGUGGGGACGGGUGGGUUGGGUAUGUGAUCACCGUGCCGAUAUGGUUCGGCGCGACGUUUGGGCUGCGCGCGUUCGUACCGCAGGCAAGGGAGCCGAAGCUGUGGGGGGUGCCGUUGGUGCCGUGGCUGCCGUCGGCAUCGAUCAUGAUCAACAUUUUCUUGCUGGGGUCGAUCGAUAAGGCGUCGUUUGGGAGGUUUGGGGUGUGGACUUUGAUACUGCUGGUGUACUACGUCUUCUUCGGGAUGCACGCGACGUACGACAUUGCCAAGGAGUCGGAGGAGAGGAAGAGAGUGGAGGAGGGGCCAAAGAAGGUUGAAGAAGGUGCCGGUGGGGUUGAGAAGUUUUAGUUAUUCAUAUGUUAGUCAGUUUUAAAUUUGAUUUGAUUUGAUUUGCAUAGAGGUGAAACGCUGUUAUGAAUUUGUGUUUAUAUUUUACUUGUCAAUUUAUCUGGGUUUGUUUGUUACUAGAUUUGGUUUAUGUGAGGGCGUUCUCAUUUUCAUGUAUAAGUGGGUUGUAAAUAGUGUUCAUGUAUCAAUAAGCGAAGCAACCAUGCCAUAAUAAGUUUGUGUACUUCGGAAACUGCGACUGUUAAUGGUUUAUAAAGGGUUAAAUUACAA